AGGGGCAGAGCGACGCCGGGGGGCUUUUCAGAGGAAAUCAGAGGGCUGAGAGCGGCCUUUCGAGAACCGUAGGCAGUGACUUCCCAAUUCUUUUUUCUCACUUAAAGACAAUAAUUUUGGAGACGUGCAGCGAAUGCCAUCUAACCCCCCCGGAACCGCUGCGACAGCAGCAGGUAGCGAUUCUGACGGACCGGUUUGUUCUCUGAGUUGUCUUCCCUCGUUAGAGGGCUGGCUGAAAUUGGGGACGCCCCAAGAGGCAGGAGAGCCUGCCUGAAGCCACGGAGUCGAUGUGCAAAGAUCCGGGGCGAGAAAUAAACGCAGGAGCGAGCCGCUUUGGCUCUGCAGGAAUUACAUCACCCGCCGGGAGCGCCGGGAGCGAACCGCAUCUCCUGAGCUGCACCCAGGCACGCCGAGUUGGACUCAAUGACCCUGACAGGUCCUUCCAUCUCGGGUUAUUCUGUGAAACAAGAGAUCCGAUGUCUGAGCAGAGCAUUCCUCACGGCCUCUUCCCCACCUGGAGACGUGGGCCAGGACGUGGGGAACGAGGCGCCGCCCAGCGUCACCCCACGAGAGCCACCAAACCUACGUCUGCCGGGCUCCAGGCCCGCGCUCGUUCCACGUGCCCACGGUGCUUCCAUCCACGGUAUUUCCAAAUGCUGCUUUUCUCCUUCAGGGUCGGUGGGAUCCUCGGCCCGCAGCGACCGCCGUGCGGAGCGCAGCUGCCCUCUUCCACCACGAAAAGAGAAGGGGGAAGGCUCUCUGGAAACAACGCUUGGCUCCAGCGGCUGCGUGCGGAACCCGCUGUCGCAUACAUGUGUAGGAUAUGCAAACAGCCACGCGUGCGGCUGUAACGGGGAUGCGUUCACCCACACCGAAAGCAAAAAGCGAGAACCGAGGCGAAGGAAAACGCCACGGAACCACACAGGUGGAUGACGGGGCAGGUCCGGAAAGCGAGCAGCGAGGAAUGCAUUCGACACCAUUUAAGAAGGGAUUUUGUGUGCGUGUCUCUACCGAAGUGUGACUUCAGAGACUCUCUCAGUGCGCGUACAGGCGAAGGCUCCCCGCCAGCAGCGCCCUCCAUGACAAACGCGUGCAAAUCCUCCCGUGCUCCCCAAGAGAAACCUUCCCCCGGACCCCCCUCCGUCAGCAGCAAGCCUCCCGGGGCUGCGUUUGCACAACGCCGCCGCUUCCAAAGCAAACAGACACCCCCACACCGCAGCGGCUAUUCCAUAUUGAGGCGCAUCAAUAAAACGUGAUUUACAGCGUCGUCACUGGAACGUUUUGUCCUUAUCGAGCUCGAGAUAAGAUAGGAGGCAUUGAGAAAGGCUCGUUAAAGCGCAGUCCGGCCGUCGGCACGUUAACGAACUUGCUUUUCAAAGCUUAUUAGCGAAGAGGCAACCGGUAUAAAGGAACAGCUUGCAGGAGCGGGCGUGAGCUGGGAGAGGGAGAGCGGCGGUUACACCAUCGCUUCUACCUUCGAGAAGCGCACUUGUUUUACGAUCCUGAAUUAUUCCAGAGCUCCCGCGCGGACGAAGAGCUCGCCGGGCUCCUCCCGCCCCUAUCUUUCUCUGCUUCAAAGUGCAACGGGAGUAUUUCAGAAGCUGCCGGGAGUUUUGCCUCCUCUAGGAGCGCCCUGAAGCGGUACUCGUUUGUCAGGGGGAGGUUCGCAGGGCAGAGAGCCCGGCGAUAUCGACAGGGAAGGCCUUGUGCGAGGAAGCACCAAACCGUGCGCUGCAAGGAGACGGCUUUGCAGCACGCAGCCUCACAACCCUCGGCGCGCAGCCCAGUUUUCAGCCUCUGAGCCCCUCCGGCACCGACAGAACGCCGAGUCACAUCCUUCAGGGUGAAGCUCCGGUGAGGAUCAGCCCAAAGAACUGAGGGGCUGCGGAAGCAACGGGACGGCAGAGGCGAGCUCUGGGGGUCCGGGCCAGCAAGCUCCCUCGGCCCCGGACUCCAGGGGCUCCCGGCCUGCAGGAGGAGGAUCCUUCUGCUCUGCUCUUGGGGUCAACGCAGUGCUGCUGCUGGACUCCCCAUCUUCUUUUUCUGGGCGUUAGAACAGGGCCGCUCCCUAAGAGCAGGCACAGCCCUGGGGGUGCCCACAGCCCCCGUGGGUUUGUAGGGACCUCAUCCCCUCCCGGUCGCAGCGGCACGGUCGAGCAGGAUGGUUCCCCGGUCCCCAGCCCUCCUGCUGCUGGGGUUGAGGAGCAACACGGGGCAGCUAAAAUGAAAGCAGUGCCCGAGGCGUGUGUGUGUGUGUGUGUGUGUGCGCUUUAUUUCACUUGAUCUGCUUUUUUCUUUCCAGUUCCCUGUUGCAGUAUGAGGCGCUUUGCAGGAGGGGGAUGAGCCUGGAGCUGCGAGGUUCCCUCAGCACUUGGACGGCAGAGAAUCGCAGGACCGUAGGUGUGGGAAGUGACCUCCGGAGAUCAUUAAGGCUAACCCCUCUGCAAAGCCUUCGUCAGAAGAGAUGCUCCAGGCCCCGUAUCGUCUCAGCAGCCUUCAGCCGGACUCUUUCCAGGAGAUGGAUAUUUUUUUUCUUAACGAGCCCCAGAAUGGGGCACAGGACUGCAGGUUCCCAGCUCAUCCAGGUCCCGCCGACGGGCAGCAGAGCCUCGAGGCGCAUCAGCAGUUCUUCCAGGCUUCGUACCAUCGGUGUAGUUGCUGCACAGCCCCCUCCAUCAGGGUCACCGAGGAAGAUUUUUGCGUCGGCUCCCACCGGACUCGGUGCCGCCGAUCAGCCAGUUGUCGGCCCACCGCCUCGUGCACUCAUCUACUGGGAUGUCGCGGGAGGAGAAAGUUCAGCAGGGUUUCUGAUAGGAGACAGAUGGCAUCCCCCGGUCUUUAUCCACGCGGCUGGCGAUGCCGUCACGGAAGGCGGCGAGGGCCUCGAUGCGGGGGUCCCCCAGCAGCAGCCCCUCAGCGGAGGUUUGAGGAGGCUUUCUUCCCGCAGGGGCAGGGCGAAGGCACUCGGAGCUCCGCAGAGCGAGGUCCCAGCGCAGCCCGCGUCAGGGAGGAAGGCCAGCAGCUCCGUCCUCAUCCCCCAUCAGGGAGGCGGGGUGACGGAGCCGGGCGUCGCAGGCGGUCGGGCAGGGAGCACAGCGGACCCAACAGGCGUCUGCGGGACAAUUUUCGGCGAGCGGCGUCGGCGGUGGGUAACCCCAGCUCCCCCGAGUCCCUGCGGAGCGUUUUACACUCGUCCUUUUCCUUUGCAGACCGUAAGAGGAGCAGCAGAGGCAGCGCUGACGGGCGGCUCGGGCGACAGGCGCCGGUCUUCCGAGGCGGUCCCCGCGCAUCUCGGGUCGCGGAGCUGCGACAGGACCGGGGCUCCCCGCGUGAGUAGGAGGACUUAAGCUGCUGCUGCUUGGAGUGCUGCGGUUCCCCUGCUGCUGCCUCGAGCUUACCGUGGACGAGUGGUUGAUUUUGUCUGCGGGAAGAUGUGCGUGUGAAUACCUACUGUCUCCAAUUGCGGGCGGUGCCUUACUGGUGGUUUGAGGCUUUCGGGUGCCUGGGGAAAGCUGCUCUGUUCCAGCUUGAAGUCGUGUUCUGGAAUGAGAGGGAUUCUUUGCUCUGGGGAGAGAAAAAAGCAAAAACAAAAACAAAAAACCACAAUUGGCGAGUCAGUUCUAAGGGGAAAAAAUUAAGGGCUUCAAAACCUGAUCUUAAUGUAAUGGAUAAAGAAUUAAGUGUAUGUAUCUGUAUGUGUGAGAUGAUGUAUAAAGAAUUAAUAUGUAUUAAGAUGUAUAAAGAAUUAAGUAUCUGUAUGUGCCUCUGUAACAGUCAACUGUGACAAAUGACACUGCGAUUCUGCAGCAGAACUGUGCUACCUGAGCGAGUUCUUCUUAACGAGCUAACCAGUCAUUUGUUAGUGUGCUUUUUUCUUUACCUUUUGCUGAGCCCUGUUCCUUGACUUAAGUGAAAUUUUUCAGAGACGGAUUCUAAGAAGAUGGGGUGUUCUCUGAUGGAAGAAGCUGAGCUGCGACUUCUCGUUUAGCUGUGAAUGUGUAGCUUACCGGCUUGCUUUAACUGUCGCUUGCUAACUGCCAAUAAAGUUUCUGCUAAUCCUAAGUAAAA